GGGCACCCUUCUUGGUUCCUCGUGGUGAGGGAGAAGGAAGGCUAUUUUUUUAAAAACCUGAGGGGAAAGCCUGCGAGGUGCGGAGCGUCUGUCGGCAGGGGAGGGAUGAAGCGGUUAAGGAGAAGGUUCCGGAGCGCGGAGCUGGGCUGCGUUCCGCAGGCAGGAGAGGAGGAGGAGGAGGAGGAGGAGGAGGAGCAAGCGAACGGGCGAGUGAGCGAGCGAGCGAGGAGAGGAAACCAGCUGGCUGGAGCUCUCGGCUCUCACUCUCGCUCUCGCCGCUGAGUGAGCAGGAGCUGUUUCUCUCUCUGUCAGUCUCUCCCUCUCUCUGUCUCUCUCUGUCUCUCUCUGUCUCACUCUGUCUCUCUCUCUCUCUCUCUCUCUCUCUCUCUGGGAAACGUUCAGAGCCUGAUCCAGUAGGGGGACUCCUUCCCUCCUGCAUGCCCCAGCCAUGCUGCCCUGGAGAAGGAGUAAGUUUGUCCUGGUGGAGGACGAGGCCCGGGGGAAGCCCAAAAGCCUGGGCGUGGGGCUGAGCUACCACAGCAUCCUCUCCUCGCUGGCGCGCUCCUGCCCCGACCUCCUGCCCGACUGGCCCCUCCAGCGGCUGGGCGGCCUCUUCCGCACCAAGCGCCAGAAGGUGGAGCUCAACAAGGAGGAGCCCACCUACAGCGUCCGUUACCUGGGCAACGCUGUCACCCUGACGGCCAAGGGCGAGGGCUGCACGGAGGAGGCGGUGGCCAAGAUCUGGAGCCGGAGCGACUACGGCGGCCAGAGCACCAAGAUGAAGCUGACGGUGGGGGCCCAGGGCAUCCGCAUGAGCCACGAGGGCUCCAAGGGCUCCAGGAAGCCCGGCCAGCUCUACUUCCUGCACCGCAUCACCUACUGCGCCGCCGACGCCCGCCGGCCCAAGAUCUUCGCCUGGGUGUACCGGCACCAGAUCAAGAACAAGGCGGUGGUGCUGCGCUGCCACGCCGUGCUGGUCACGCGGGCGGAGAAGGCCCGGGCCAUGGCGCUCAGCCUGUACCAGACCUCGGCCUCGGCCUUCAGCGAGUUCAAGCGGCUCAAGCGCCAGAGCGACUCCCGCCACUGCCAGCAGCAGGCGCUGGGCGGCGCCGCCGUGCCCCUCACCCCGCUCCGGAGGCUGCUCAACGGGCAGUGCCACUACCGCCCGCCCCCCGACAGGCCCCGCGCCGGGACCCGCCUCUGCUCCAUCGUCGAGGAGGAGGAGGAGGAGGAGGAAGGAGAGGUGGGAGGGGAGGGCGACGGGGAGAACGGAGAGGGGGCCGGGCGUAACGGGCGUCCCCUUCGGCCGCCCGAAAAGGACGUGGGGAAGAUCGUCCACGGGCUGGACGCCUGCAGAAUCAGCGGGGGCGGAGCCAGGCGCUUCAGCAGACAGAUGGCCGUUAGCAGACUCUUGUGAUGGGGGCGGGCGGGGGGGGAGGCAAACGGGCACGCUUUUGACUAUCUUUCGGUGAACCUGCACCAGGACUGUUUCUCUUUCUAAUCCCACUUGAACCUGCCCCCCCCCCCCCUUUACCCCCUGUUCCCCAAGAACUGCUUUUCCACUUUUCUGGCACUUCCUCAGGACGGGAUUUCCAAGGAGACGGGAACUACUUUUCCCUUUUGUUUUCUCCUCUCGAAAGCUGGCAGUUAUCCUGUGUCCCGGUCGGCUGUUUCUGGAAAGGCUGGAAUGUUUGAACUGACAGCAGCACAAUGUGGGGGACGACCUGGUCUCCGAAAACAUUCAGACUACGGGCAGAAAACUGUCGGUCGACUCGACGGGCGUCGAAGCCCACCUGGCAAGGCGUACACAUUUAGCGGCAAACCAAGCGUGAGACGUGGUUUUUGUCAUAGCCAUUCAUAUAUUUUGACU